AGUAGUGGUGUUGGGUUAUGGGGAUUGUAGUUGGCAGCUAGUGUGAAGGAAGGAGGAGGAACAGAGCGUAUACUGAGGUGGGACAAAAAAGAAGGGGCAGAUCUUUUACCUGGAAGCUGGAGACAUUGAUGGUUUUGUUGUCGCAGCAAUAUGGAGGUCGUAAUGGGCUGCAUUAUGGGCAGCGGAAAAGGGAAAAAGAAAGUGGAAGGGGGUAGUUCAAGUGUGAGAGAUAGGCCUUGGGGGGCUAGGUCUGGUUAGGUGCCACAGUAUGUGGGUGUGUUGGGAACUAGCCUCAGGUUUGAAAAUGAAGUCAGGUUGUUACAUUACAUGUAGUUAUAUGCAGCCAGCAAUGGUUUAUUUCUUUGUGUAUUGGUUUAUGAAUAUCAUUAUAGGUGGUAAGACAGUUGUAUGUUGAGGGGUUGAUAUUCACAGUAACAUGUAUAAUAAACUAAGCUGCAGCCUUUUCCACCCAGAUAUAUUGGAGUCAGUGUCAGUGUUUGGGAAAGAAGGAGGGGCUGGGUAUUGAAGAUCCACAAGUUAUGUUAUUUUCAUAUUUAAUAUAUUAUCAUAUAUGGACUAAUCAUUUUUACAGGCAAUGUCAACUUAAAAUGAAAAACCAAACAACAGUGUAUAUUUUGUUUCUCAAUGGACUGUCUGAUCUUCCAAGUCUUCAGCUUCCUCUGUUCCUGGUGUUUCUCCUGAUCUACCUUAUGACAUUAUCUGGGAAUCUUAUUAUCUUUUUCCUGAUUAUUAUUGAUUCCCAUCUCCACACCCCCAUGUACUUGUUCCUUGGAACCCUGGCAUAUCUGGAUAUGAGUUACUCCUCAGUCACUGUCCCAAGAAUGCUCUUUGAUUUACUCACACAUAAAAGGGUCAUUUCAGUGAGCGCUUGUAGAACUCAGAUCUACUUCUUCAUCUUUUUCAUUACAUCAGAAGUGUCUCUGCUGGCAGUGAUGUCCUGUGACAGAUACAUUGCCAUCUGCCGUCCUCUUCACUACAUGCAGAUAAUGAGCUGGAAAGUUUGUGUUUGGCUUCUAUCAUUAAUCAGUUUUUUUGGUACAGUAAAUGCCUUGUUGCACACCGUUUUUUUAAGCAAAAUUACAUUUUGCAGAUCAAAUGCUUUGCAAAAUUUCUUUUGUGAUCUGCCCCAGUUUCUUCAGAUCUCCUGUAGUGACACAUUCAUCAAUGUGUUGCUUAUAUUUCUCUCUGCGACUUUGUUUGGUGUAGGCCCUUUAGGAGUCACCUUAUACCCGUACUUCCCAAUUAUCUCCACUGUACUGAAAAUCCCAUCAAAUCAGUAUGAAGCAAAAGGAGUAAGUGAGGUGAAAGAUCGACCUGAUAGCCCAGAACCUCUCGACACGCCUGUUUUAUGCUGUCCCAAAACGGUUUCAACUUCUCGCAGAAAAACCAGAUAUGAGAAAUAUUCCCUACCUCCUUAUGACACCUCCAAAAUAGGUUAUCUGGUAUCAGAUGCAUUUGGAAUAAUUUAG